CUGUUCAGUCUGGAGAAGAGAAGACUGAGAGCUCAAAGACAUGUCCUCACGUACAUGGAGGAUGCAGUGAGCCAGCUGCUGGAGAACAGAGAAGAUAUUAGUCAGUAUGGCAUUGCCAGGUUCUUCACUGAAUAUUUUAACAGUGUUCGUCAAGGAACACACGUUUUGUUCCGUGAAUUCAGCUUUGUCCAAGCUACCCCUCAUAACAGGGCAUCUUUUCUUCGGACCUUUUGGAGAUGUUUCCGAACAGUGGGGAAAAACGGAGAUUUGCUAACAGCACAGGAAUACCACUGCUUGCUGCAGCUGCUCUGCCCUGACUUCCCCAUGGAACUCACUCAGAAGGCAGCAAGGAUUGUGCUGAUGGAUGACGCUAUGGAUUGCCUGAUGUCUUUUUCUGACUUCCUCUUUGCCUUCCAGAUCCAAUUCUACUACUCAGAGUUCCUGGAAAGUGUGGCUGCCAUUUAUCAAGAUCUAUUGGCUGGUAAGAGUCCAAACACUGUGAUUGUGCCAACAUCAUCCUCUGGGCAACAUCGGCAGCGGCAGCCUCCGAAUGACUGCAGCCCACUCGACGGGGUAGAGGCAUCUCUCUUCUACCAAUGCCUAGAGUCCUUGUGUGACAGAUCAAAAUACAGCUGUCCACCUUCUGCUCUUGUGAAGGAAAUGCUCAGUAGUGCACAAAGGCUGACCUUCUAUGGAUUCCUUAUGGCACUUGCAAAGCAUCAGGGGAUCAACAGAGCCCUAGGGGCUCUGCCAGAUAAAGGAGACUUGUUUCUGGACCCUGCCAUGGAUCAGGAACUUGAGAAAUUGGUAGCUCAGGUUUCAGGGCUUUCCAUCUCUGCUCCCGCCAGUGCCUGUGGAGAUGCAGCUAAUUUGUCUGCCCGUAACUUGCCCAGGAUUAGCUCUCCCUGGAAGCCUCUCCACCAUCGUCGAAAAAUGGAUGCUGAGAGCGAAGGCUCCAAUGAAGAGACAGACUCCUCUGAAAACUGAAGGUUGUGAAGGUCAGCACCAUUCCCAUCCCGGCUUUCUCCAGACCUCUCUGCAGGAACAGCACCUUCUCCCGGAGCAUCUGGUCUGACAGGUUUCGUCCACAUCUCUAGUGCACGCGUGGCUGUGCCAGUCCCUGCUGCUUGGUCCACCAGUCUCUUCCCAGGAAGAACGCUGCCAUCCUCCUAGCUCCAAAUUCGUGAAUAGCUCCUCUGCAGAAGCCAUUUACAGCUGCAGAGUUAUGCUACCCUCUGCUGGCAAGUAAGACAAACCAGGAGAUGCUAGGUCUGCCUCUACGUGGAAAAUGGUAGAGGAUUCUCUCACCAGGGCACUCUCUCACACGGUUCAGCAGGUGCUGGAGCAGUGGGAAUGCUAGUGCAGGCUGGUUGCCAGUGUUUUGUUGUGUAGCUGUGUUCAGGCUUAGCCUAGACAAUAGAGUGGUUAAAUCA